AUGCUGAUGUGCUGCGGAGAAGGUGAAGUAGAUAUGUACAUUCCGUUUACGGACGCGUGGGAUGACACCUACAACGACAUGUGGAGCUAUAUCGCUGGCUUUGGUUGGCUUGAGACGGUGCAGUCAGGCAGCUUUACCCAGCGACAAGCAACUGCAGCUGCAUUGGGUACCGGUCAGGAAACAACUACCUGUCUUCAAUAUUCUCCUAUUCUGCGACCAGCAACAGCUUCAGCGAGUAUGAUGUUCCAGGAGCGCAGGACUGCGGCAGGGCAGUGUGGAAUCCGGCAGCUGGGGACUUCUCUCUUCGGAGGAUGGGACGCAGAAGCCGGCGGCUACUCUGAUGAGCUUUGGAGGAUGGAUGCAGCAGAAGGUGCCGAUUGGACUCACCUCUGCCGACCUCUUUGGCCACCGGCUCUUCAAAGGCACACGCUGGUCUUCGACGAGGUGAGCCAGGGGAUUUUCCUCUUUGGCGGCCAGCGCUCUGGAACGCCGUCUUACUCGAGCAACUUGUACUUCUACAGCGUGAGCCUCAACACCUGGACCCUGAAGUCAUACAUCUCCGCACCACCUGGCCGACACAUGCACACAGCGGUGCUGGACGCUGCGAACCGGAGGAUGUACAUCUUCGGUGGCGGGACUCGCAGCCCGUCCAGUAGUACUACCAACAGCCUCUUGAGCGACCUCUUUCGUUACGAUUUGGCUUCUGACUCCUGGACGCAACUGACAGGGCACACAACUACGCGAGCAAAGCAUGCAGCAGUUUGGGACACGUCUUUGGAUAUCAUGAUCGUCUUCGGUGGAGAGGCAGAUGACAAGACAAAGCUGGGGGACGUAUUGCACUACGAUCCUACCAUCAGCGGGAGCACUCCAGCAGCGCGAGUUGAGCCCGUGGCCGUGUGGGAUGCAACAUCCAAUGCAAUGUUGAUGUGCUGCGGAGAAGGAGAUGUAGAUGUUUACAUUCCCUUUACAGACAGCAGCACCAGCGCCUACAACGACUUGUGGGGCUACGUCCGUGGUUCUGGUUGGACUGAGCUCGUGCAAUCGGGCAGCUUUACCCAACGAUAUGCAGCUGCAGCUGCUUGGGAUGCAGCCACACGAUCACUCGCCAGCAACAGCUUCAGCGAGUAUGAUUUUCCAGGAGCACAGGAUUGCGGCGCGGUAGUGUGGAAUCCCACUGCUGGGGGCUUCUUCCUCUUCGGAGGCUGGAACAAAGAAGCGGGCAGCUACUCUGAUGAGCUUUGGAGGAUGGAUGCAGAAGAAGGCGUUUACACCUGGACACAACUGUCUUCUCUGUGGCCGCCAGCGCUUGAGAGGCACACGCUGGUGUGGGACGAGGCAACGUGGCAGCAGUCUCCAGGGAAGCGACUUCUUUGUGUCGUGGCAACCGUGGUGGAGACAAGCACAGCAGAAGCAUUGACCAAAUUCUGGGACCAGGUUCAGGCUGGGUGCGAUCAUUUUCCGAAGAACAAAGAGGCACACACUCACCGCAUCGAGGAUCGCUCUAUUCGUGGUAUGUGUGGAAUGCGUGGAAGGCAUGGGCUAGAUUCCAUCGUGCAUACAAGGCUCACAAAAAGCGAUGCCAAGUGUUGA